AUGGAGCUACCGUGUGUGCUGUGCUGCAGCAAGGACGAUGAUGAGCUGGUCUUUGGCGAAGUGCACAAGGAGGACCAGGUGGUGGUGCACCGCAACUGUUUGUACCUUAGCUCAAAUCUUGUCCAGAAUGGAAACGAGCACCCCGGCAUUUUGAGCUUCCUCAAGGAGGACAUUUUGAUGGAGAGGUGCCGGCGCACUUUCCACACCAAGUGCGGCUACGACAACCUGGCGGUUAGCCAGUUUAGCGGCCGCCGUAACUCAUAUUGUCACAAGCACAUACCCAAGUACCGCAUCCGGCUGGGCACCGAGGGACAUUGCGUGAUCUGCUUUGAGUCGUGCCUUCAGAAGUACGCCAAUUCGGCGGGCUACUUCUUCAAGUGUCCGCUGUGCAACGACAAGGAGAAGUUUGCCAAAGUGGCGCUCUUUGGGAUCUCGAUACAAAACCGUGACGCCUCCUGGGAGCUGGAGCCUAAUGCCUUUGCGGAUCUAAUGCAGCGAGCGGAGUACUGCAGCUCACCAGCGUAA